CCACCGCCCCCACCACCACCACCACCAUCAUCUUCAGACCCUCCUCCCUCCUCCUCCUCCUCCUCCUCUUCCUCCCACCGCCGGGGGUCCAGCCCCCCCUCGGGGGGCCGUUACCUCCUGAUCGACAACCAAGGGCUGCCCUACACGGUGUUGGUGGCGGCGGGGGGAGAAAGUGGGGGUCCAGGACCCCCCCGUCGAGCCUUCUCCUGCCCGGUGUGCGGCCGGUCCUUCGAGUACCUCUCCUACCUGCAGCGCCACAGCAUCACCCACUCCGAGCACAAGCCCCACGUCUGCCGCGCCUGCGGGAAGGCCUUCAAGAGAACGUCCCACCUGGAGCGCCACAAGUACACCCACGCCGUGGGGCGCAAGCCCCACGCCUGCCCCCUCUGCCCCCGUCGCUUCCGAGACUCCGGGGAGCUGGCCCACCACCAGCGGGUCCACACCGGGGAGCGCCCCUUCCAGUGCCCCCACUGCCACAUGCGCUUCGGGGAGAGGAACACCCUCCAGAGACACCUCCGGCGCAAGCAUCUGCCCCGGCCGUGAUGGGGACCUGGGGGGUGGUGGGUUUGGGAGGGGUG